AAUCUACCACAUCAACCACACCUUCCACAUCAACGAUCACAAAACCUACUACAACAAAUAAAUCUACAACAUCACAUACCCCUACACCAUCAACUACCACAAAACCUACUACAAGUUCAAAAUUUACGACAUCAGAGAAUGAAACUCCUCUAAUUCCUUUCACUGAUGAAAUAGUUACAGUUCAUACAGAACGUCAAGUUAUAAAUGGUACAACAAAACUCACUACAGCAACUACCCCUAUACGGCCAACUACCACAAAGUUUACUAUACCAAAACCUUGUUUUUGUGCAUUUAAUGGAAUUCACUAUAAUCCUGGAGAUAAAAUAGUCGAUCAGAAGGACAUUGGCUCAGGCACCUGUCUGACCGUGAGCUGCUCUGAAAUCUGUGCAGUUCAGAAAACCACAGACUUAUGUCUGUUACCAGCAUGUCCUAAAUGGAACAAAAAUACCAACGAGACCUUUAUGUUUUGUAAUUGCACCAUGGCAAGGUGUAUACAAGGCAACAUUAUUGAAAUUAUCCCAUUUGAAUGCCCUCGACUGCAGAACAUCACUUGUGAAAAUGGCAAAAAACCAAUGCUGGUCUAUGAUGAGCAUCAUUGCUGCCAGUACUACAGAUGUGAAUGCGUUUGUGAAGGCUGGGGUAACUCGCAUUACGUCACAUUUGAUGGACAUUUCUACAGUUAUCAAGGAAAUUGCACUUAUAUAUUAAUGGAAGAAAUUAAUCAUCGGCACAAUUUAACCAUCUACACUGACAGCGUCUACUGUGACCCUGUUAAGCAUGCAUCCUGUCCCAGAUCUAUUAUCGUGUCUUACAACAAUCUAACCAUAACACUCAUAAAUCACAAUUACAUUGGAGAUGCAGACCUAGAGGCUGUUUUGGACGAUGAUAAGCUAAAUCUACCAUAUGCUUCUAAUGAUGUGAGCAUUAUAAGCUCAGGCAUAGGUUUGUUCCUGAGUAUUCCAAAGCUGAAUGUUACCAUAACAUUUGGAGCCACUGACUUUGGCAUCAACUUGCCAUUCCAGCUUUUUGGAAAAAACACACAAGGUCACUGUGGAACAUGCAACAACAAUAAGGCUGAUGACUGCAUGAUACCUGGCGGGAUACUGGUUGAUGACUGUGCAGUGAUGGCAGAUUACUGGCCAGCCAGUGGCGUGAAUGGCAAAAUUUGCACUCCACCCACUGCAUUGCCUACAGUUGGGGUUUCUACCAAAGCUACACCUAAGCCAUGUCUGGCCCAUUCAUACUGCAACCUCCUCAAUAGCGAGUUGUUCAAAGCAUGCCAUUCCCACGUGUCCCCCAAAAACUUCAUUUUAGGAUGUGAAUAUGAUAGCUGUAAUAACCCUGCUUUAGUGUGUGCCAGUCUGCAGAGGUAUGCAAGGGCUUGCUCUCAGGUUGGGGUCUGCAUAGACUGGAGGAACUAUACUAAUCUUUGCAAUAUUGAAUGUCCAGCGGAUAAAGUUUUCAAUCCUUGUGGUCCAGCUGAGCCACCAACCUGUGCUGAUAUACCUGACCAAAACAACAGCUCAGUGCCCACAGAGGGCUGCUUCUGUCGUGAGGGCACAUUGCUCUUCAACAAGGAAUCAGGAGUCUGUGUGAGCAAAUGUGGAUGCCUUGAUGCCUCUGGGAAACCACGUCAGUUUAAUGAGAUUUUCACGUACAACUGCGAGGAGUGUAUAUGUGAUAAGGCCAGAAAAUCUGUGAUCUGUAAGCCCAAGAAGUGUCCUGAUGUGAUCCCUGUGAGCUGCACUGAGCCCAGCUUUGCGCUGGUCAACGUCACCGAUCCGUCAGAUCCAUGCUGCAACAAACAAAUUUGCUCUUGUGACGUCAGCAAGUGCCCACCUUUGAACAAAAUGUGUGCAUUCGGGUAUGUGCCAGUCUUGGAAGUGCCUGAUGGAAAAUGCUGUCCAGAAAUCAAAUGCGAGCAAAAGAAAGUGUGUGUGCACAAUAACACUGAGUAUGGGCCUGGUACAAAAGUCCCCACUGAUGACUGUCAGGAAUGCAGCUGUACGUGGGACGUGGAUCCUAAAACUCAGUUCUUUAAGGUCAAAUGUGGACUCGAGCAGUGCAAUGAGAAAUGUGAUCCUGGUUAUGAAUAUAUUAAAAACAGUCUUGACAACUGCUGUGGAAAGUGUGUGCAAACUGACUGCAUUGUCAAUAUCGAUGGGCUCAAUCGUACACUAAAGGAAGGAGAGUCUUUUCCCACUACAAAUCAGGGCUGUGAUAAAAUCACGUGUAGUAAAGUUAAUGGACAGUUCAUCACCAACAAAUACACAGUCCGGUGUCCUUCUUUCAACGUUUCUAACUGCCAGCCUGGUACCGUCCAGCUGUCACCUGAUGGCUGCUGCCAUAUUUGUGUGGACCUAACUAAUAGAUGUCAAGUACAGACAGUUCACGAUUACUUAAAUCACAGUGACUGUCGGUCAAUUGAGAAACUAGACCUGACGUUUUGUAGUGGAGACUGUACCAGUUUUAACAGGUACACCGAAGCUGAAAUGUCCAAUUGUGCUUGUUGCCAGGCCACUCAUUUAAGUAAUCGCACAGUGUCUCUUGGUUGCAUAAACGGAAACAUAAUAUCCCACACAUAUAGUCAUAUUGAGGAGUGUGCUUGUAGCAGAAUGAACUGUCAAGAAAUGGAAGUAAAACACAAACCCGAUGAAGCUGUCCAAGUCAGCUCAGAACUUCCACAAGCAGGAGCAAUGAAUUACCCACCGGAAAACACUGAAAAAAAAUGA